CCCACGCAAGUCCACUUUCACGCGCCGCUAAGCGUUUUAAUGCGACGCAGCCUCAAACAGCAUUUGAUCGGAGUUGUGCUUUAAAAAUGAAUGGAGGUAAAACAAUUUAGUGGAAUGAAACUGACAUGGAGUAUAAACCACUUUCAGCCGGACUAUAAUGUGAUGACAGUUGUGCACGAGCCGCAGAUUUCUGCUGACUAAAAGGGGAAAGACAGAAGAUGACCUGUGCCUUUCGUUAACUGCCAGGAUUGUGAGCUUCAAACGGCAGGUUUCCAAAAGGAGAUACAUGAAAAGAGAUAUUUCAAAACCAUGUUUUGUUGACAUCCAAACUGGACUUGGAUUUGAGGAAAAUCUUAAAUGCCAUGGAGACAGCCAAUGAAAAUCACCACCGUGGUUCUAUUUUCUUAAGGUCAAGGUUCAUCUAAAUAUCAUAAUUCAACCUCACUCUAAACCUCUUCCCACAGUAAAGUAUGCAUGGAGUCUUGCACUGCAUUAUUCCUUUAGCACUUCAAUCAGAAGUGCUUUCUAAAGCAAAAUUACCCAUUUAUGUGGAGAACUAAGCUCAUGCUAUGAGACUGGGAAAUCUGUUGAAACCACCUGAACGAGGACAGUAAUCCACUGGACAUGAAAAUGAGACUGUGACAGAAUGUCACUUGAGACUGCUUGAAUUGUUUUCUAAGUGUGUUAUUGGAUCAUUUGAUUAUUGAAAUGGACCUGUCUUGUGUUCUAGGGUUAUAUUUGCUCUAUAAUGAAGACAAAUACAUGCAAGACACAGUUGUGGACAUUUUUUAAAUGUUGGCACAUACAGUCAUUAAGGGUUUUCAUAUUAACGUCAUGUCUCUCUUGUGUCUUUAAACAUCCCUCCAUUUAAAUAAGGAAAUGUGAAGAAGUCCUAAAGGGAAAGAUUGGUCUGUAUAUGCAUGCUAUUAUUUUCAUUUGCUUCAUAAUUUGCUAUAGAUGUGUAAUAGACUGUUUUUAAGCAUGUCAAACAUUUGCUCUAUUUAAUUACUUUGACUUUCCCCUACUUGUUCUAAAACUUAAGACUAAUUUCUGCAUUUGCUUAUGUUUUUCCUUUAUGUUAUAUAAGUUUUCAGCUAAACUUUUCCCCUGCAUUCUAGACUCUCUGCACUCUAAGCUUUGCCUUUUUUUUUUUUUGGUACCUUUUAGUUGCUUGCUUUCUUGUUUGGAUAUAAGUUACACAUAGGCAUAAAGCAGUCUCUACAAUUUUCCUCUCUCAGCUUUGAAAAUCCUCACAGCCCUUCCCACCAUAUGACCUCAUCAAAACUGUUGCUAAAGCUAAGAAAAUGCAUUGACUGAUGAUGAUCAAUAAUAUUUUCUUCAUUUACUGCAUCUAACAAUUCUGGAAAAUUACGUUUCAUAAAAUCAGUCAAGGACUGACAACUGGUUAAUCUUUAUUGAUAGUUGGACAGUUAUCUAACAAGUAGAGACACUACUCGAAUCUUCAAAAGAGGCACAAUUAUCGUCAUUGCUACUUUACAGAUGAUGUCAGAGAUGAUCUCUAUUGCGAUUGUGUUCCAUUUCUGGGCAAUGAUUGGCUGCCGGGAUUUGAAUGACAAACAGGACUCUUUCGGGCCAAAAGGCUUGCUGUGGAACAGAAGUUAAGACUCAUAUUAAGCAUAUAUCACUGGAGAAUUCUCACAAAAGCAUAUUUUCAUCAUACAGUUUUUGUAUCAUUUCUACACUGGAUUUAUCAGACAGUGUCUCUGUCUGGCAAACUCUUGAACUGAGCUCUUUUUGACACCAACUCUAAGAAGUGUUUGCAUUAGACAGCUGCUUAGUUGGUUGUCUAAACACUCAAACACGGACGUCUGUAGUCACCAGUUAUGGGCGCUGCUCGGGUGAAGCGACGCUUCAGUGCAGUUGUGGACACCCCCCUGGAUGAGGAGGAAGUCAUAAGGCUGGCCCAAAGCGAAGAAGUUACUUCCUCCCAUGCAGGAGCGCUUCCCUCUCACAGCUGCAACGGCGAAGUGCUUAACUUUCAACAUAGCAAUGGAGGAAGGAGUGAAGAGAGGGAUGAGGAAGAUGGUGAUGAUGAUGAUGAGGAGGAGGAGGAGGAUGAUGUUGGAGAAGGGGGAGGAAGGAGUAGAGGAGGAAAACGUGGCUCAGUGCUCAGGGGUGAGGCUGGGGCAGAAGGGAGAUGGGAGAAGAACAAGAGAGCACCCUGUCCUUCUCUCUUGCUCUCACCACUCCGUGAUCGCCGUGGCCAGGGCUGCCGGCCCCGACGGCGCUUUGUAGGCAAGGACGGGCGCUGCAACGUCAGCUUUGUCAACAUGAGCGACAGGGGCCAGCGCUACCUCACCGACCUCUUCACCACCUGCGUGGACAUCCGCUGGCGCUGGAUGCUAGUUGUCUUCACCCUCUCCUUCUUGCUCUCCUGGCUUCUCUUUGGUUUCACUUUCUGGCUCAUCGCCACUGCUCAUGGGGAUCUGGCUCUCCCACCAUCAUCCUCUUCCUCUUCAUCUAUUCCUUCUUCUCUGGCUCCUAUGGAACCUGCAGAGGAUUCUGGCCCAGUGCAGACUGUAGUAGAGACAGAGGAACGCUGCUUUCAGCAGGUGAACAGCUUUAUGGCAGCCUUCCUCUUUUCUCUGGAGACGCAAACGUCUAUAGGCUAUGGCUUCCGGAGUGUUACCGAAGCCUGCCCCCUGGCGGUGCUGGCUGUCGUCUUGCAGUGCAUUGUGGGCUGCAUCAUCGACGCUUUCAUCAUCGGGGCGGUAAUGGCUAAGAUCGCCAAGCCCAAGAAGCGCAAUGAGACACUGGUGUUCUCUGACAUGGCCAUAGUGGCAAUGAGGGACGGGAAACUCUGCAUGAUGUGGCGAGUGGGAAACCUGCGCAAGAGCCACCUGGUGGAGGCCCAUGUACGAGCACAGCUACUGAAGCCACGGUUGACCCCUGAGGGUGAGUUCCUGCCAUUGGACAACGAGGACAUCAAUGUUGGCUUUGACACAGGAACAGAUCGCAUCUUCUUGGUGUCACCUGUGACCAUUGUGCAUGAGAUCAAUGAAGAGAGUCCGUUCUUCGAGAUGGACAGAUGCACACUAGAGGGAGACAAAGAGCUGGAGGUGGUGGUGAUUCUGGAGGGCAUGGUGGAGGCCACUGCCAUGACAACCCAAUGUCGGUCUUCAUACCUGGCCUCUGAGAUCCUCUGGGGUCACCGCUUUGAGCCUGUGCUCUUCAAAAGGAAGAACUGCUACCAGGUGGACUACUCCUACUUCAACAGGACAUAUGAGGUUACGGACACGCCCACUUGCAGCGCUAAGGAGUUAGCAGAGAAAAAAUACAUCCAGGGGUCCCGUUCCUCCUUUUGUUAUGAGAACGAGGUGGCUCUGCAGCUCUCCUCCUCUGUCCCUUCCUGUCCUGACCGAUUCUCUCCAUCCCCCUAUACUUGCCCAUCUCCCUCACCCUCUUUUGUAUGCCCGACACCUCCGCCCCAACGGGAGUCCUGUAGUGAGCACGCGCACAUACACUGAGCCGUGCGGCUGGCAUUAAAGGGCAUAGGGCAUGGAGAAAGCAGUGGUCAAAGAAAGAAAGAGGGAAAGAGAAAGACAAAAUGGCAAGGGGUCAGGAUGGAGGGAGGAGUUUGAACAGGGGGUAGGGAGAGAGAGAGAGAACGAUGGUAUGGACAAAGGGCUGGAUAGAGAGACUUGUACAGGGGACUAGGGUAAAGAGGACCAUAAAGGGACAAUGUAAGACAUUGGACUGAUUAAUGACAAUAGGUCAUGCUUAAGAUAGAGAGGGCUGAGAAAAGAAAGAAAGCACAAAAUAUGGAGAGUAGGGGAGGGAGAGGGGCCUCUCGCUGCCUGGGACACAGAGAACGAAAAAGAUAACGAACGAAAGAGAGACAGAGGGGCGAAUUCACUAAACAUUUGUGCCACUUUUGUAUGCGGUGUUUUGAUGCAAUCACCUGUGUCUUAUGCACUAACCACCCACAAUCCAGUUGCACUGUAUGGGUUAGUGCCACGCCAUGCAUAUUUAAAUUAAGUCAUUGUCAUUCUUUUCUGAGCAAACACCUCCUUUCUAUGUAAAUUAGGCUUGUUGUAAAUUGUGUCUUAUUCACAAAAGUCAGCGCUAUUUCACUACUACUCCCCAUGGAAAGCAGGCGGUAAGUGGAAUUUGAUUUAAAAGAGAUAGUGUACAUUUUCUAAUAAUCAUAGCAGAAGUAAUUUAUCAAAUAAUGAUGGAGAAGAGCGUUAUAAACUGGCGUAAAUCUGCACAUGUGAUAUGAUUCAGGUGCCUGGAUCACAGUGGUGAAGUGAUGCAGUACAAUCCCAGCAAUGUACACCAGAUCACAGUAGUCUGCUGCAUCAGUGACAACCUAGCACUAAGAACCACAAAUGCGAAUGGCUUUCAGCACUAAGAUAUUGGCCGUAUUUGCGCCUUCCUUUUGUAAAGAUGGGUACUAAAACAACACAGACAGUGCUUGCAAAUAAAUGAUGAUCUCAUUGUUAGUGAAUUCCCCCUAUGAACUUAAAAACUAGAAGCUUUGUGGAGAAGGAACUGUUUAGAAUGGGGCAAACAAGAGGUAAAGAAAUGCUUAGGAAGCUAAAGAUUGAGUUGUUGAAGUUUGAGUCAGAGCCAGGGACUGUUUAGCAGAGACGGGUCACUUCUAUUUAAAUGAAUGGGAGAAAUUGGAGUGCCCAACCAAGAAGCUCUACUACCCAAAGGAUGUAGAGUCUCGCCUUACAGGGAAAAGAGCCAGUCACCUUUUAGAUACAGACAUCUGUCAAUCAUGCACAUUUGUUAUACAAGGCGGGAACAUUGCAUUUUUUUGGCAUAAUGUGAGGUAAAGUAGCAUAAUUUAUGAUUCCAGUAUUAGCAAAUUUUAUUGCUGAUUUGAAAUAUCUUCUUUGAUUGUAAUCUUGACCAACCGUUUUUGAGAUUUUGGUCUUUCCCCAUUCAAGUAGAUAGGAGCUGCACUGUCAUUACUGGAAAUAGCCUCCCGAGUGCGUUUCAAAGAUGGCCGACAGGGACUGACUUGCUAGAAAGACUUUGAUCAGAGCGCAGGGGAAUGUAGUGGCACAGGAGAUUCAGGUCAAAUGCAUUGAAUGCGGUCGAAGACCCACUGACCAAAACACAAAGUGAAUUAGACAUUGGGGAGAGGAUCGAACAGAGAAAUUGACAGAAAAGCUCAUUUUGACAUGAGGAGGGCUGCAACACUGAUCCAGUGAGCUGACUGGACCUGGCAAUCUUUUUGAAUCAUCCCUGAUCUGCAGUGGCUCCAGCAUGUACCUGACAGAGACACAACAGUGGUCCCUAGUGGCUGCAACAAAUAUGAGUGAUUUCAGAGUUUAGAAUUCAGAGAAUGUAGAUAGAAACAACUAUUAAACAUUACGUCCUAUGGCAAUAUCAUCAGUCAGUGAUUAUGAAUUUCCUCUCUGAAAAUAAAUCUAAUUACUUGUUGCAAGAAUGUUUGUCUUGAAUUGAAUGUCGGAGUAUCUGCUAGAGUCACUGCAAAACAAGAAACUACUGAAAAGAUGCAGCGUUUUCAAGUUGUUUCUCUCAUGUACUGUAUUUUUAAUUUUCUAUUUAUUCAAGUCAAAGUUUUGUAUCAUGGUACACACAGAAGUCAGGUGACCACAAAUUGUGUGAAGCACUUUGUAACAUAUGACACAUUUGUCACAAUUACACAAAAAAGAAUCACUUAGUUUUUAGUUGUAUGUAUGGAAUAUUACAUUGCAUGACAAAUACAUUGAUAUAUAUAUAUUUUGAAGGUUGUGGCUUGAAAGUAAGAGAAAAUACUGUCUGAUCUGGCUGGUUCGACUCAUUGGGCAGCAUAGCUGUCAGGAUCUGUCAUCAACACUAUUAGGAAUGUAGACUUUCAUCUUUUGUUUUCCUUCAGUGUUUCAUCACUGUGUUAGAAACUUGUAGUAGGAACUAUGGUAACUGAUUUAUUUACACUGUAGUGUACACCCAUGACUGAGGCAUAUAUCUUUUUUAUGUCUUUCCUUCAUUCUUAUACAACUACACAACCUACAACAUGUUGCUGAACAGGUUUCUUUUUGUUGUUUUUUUGUAAUUACUUUGCCAGUGGUGUGCCUUUGAAAGUGAGCCUGCUUGUUUUGAGGUUUUAGGGUAUAAUGGAGUAAUUUAGGAUGGUGAUAUUAUACUGAUGUUAAAGGGAAAGUUCACCCUAAAACUAAAAUUCUGUCAUCAUUUACUCACCCUUAUGUUGUUCCAAACCUGUAAGACUUUUUCUUACAUGGAACACAGAGAUAUUAGGCACCAUUGAGACUUUUUUCUCCAUACAGUGAAAUUGAAUGGUGAAUAAAGCUGUCAUUCCACCAAACAUUUGCUUUUGUUCCGUGGAAUAAUGAAAGUCGAACAGGUUUUGACCAACAUGAGGAUGAGUAAAUGAUGACUGAAUUUUCAUUUUUGGGUGAACUAUCCCUUUAAAGUCCUGAAAACUGAUGACAUGUAGGCUAAUGAUUCUGUGUUGAUAUUGACAGAAGAACACCUGUAAUGUACUGUGUGCAGUUAUGCUUAGAUAUGCAUGGUAUUAGUAUUAGAGACACCGUUUUGUUGUUGGCUCAGAGGUGUGUAUAUGGCCAAAUUAAAAUGCAUUUUCUGGGCAGAAGAUGAAACGUAUUCCGUAACAGUUCAAGACUGUAUAAAACUUUCCUAUCUGUCCAGUCCAACUGAUGGUAGUAUUUUGGUGUGGACUAAAAUAAACAUGCACUGGAUUGAACCCUAUUCAGAUAUCACAGGAUACAUUUAAAUCUACAUACUGUAUAGUUGUUACUAUAAUAGGAAAGUAAUAGUCUUAUAGUAAUAUAAUAGUCUUAGAUAUGUAGCCCUGAGCUCUAUUUGAAUAAAUUAUUAUUAUUUUAAAUUAUUCACUCAAUUUGCUAUUGACAUCUGUUUUAUGUAUUCACCUAUUUCUAUUUGUGUGUGUGUGUGUGUGUGUGUGUGUGUGUGUGUGUGUGUGAGAGAGAGAGAGAGAGAGAGAGAGAGAGAGUGACUGAAGGCUUUUGUGUGUUUCUGGUUACCCAGUUUGACAUCUCUGCCAUAACUCCACCUCAAUCACAUGCACUUGGACCUCACCUUUGUUUUUAAACACUUAAAAAAACCAUUACCCCGACUAAUUAUCAGACUUUAAGCACUCCAUUAUUUGGUAAUGCCUGAGAUCACCAUGGCAUCCAGUGGCUCAUUUUUAUUUUAUUUUUUUAUUUUUUUCUUAAUGCAAUGAAGUUAUUGGUGAAUCAGUGUCCAGGCCUCAGUGCUGUUCCUUUUCUCACAUUACUGUGUAAGAAAAAACGUUCUUUAUAAACAUUUGUAGAAUAAACGUGUUUUCUUGA